UUUUGUAGCCAGUCCAAGUUUACACAGAUAGUGUUGUCGAGAUUUUUUUGUUUUUUCAUUCAGUGUCAGUCACUCGUCAAAUUAAUAGGUUUCGAAAAAAGAGCAAAUAUAUUCUCGUACCUCCAAGAUUCGCCCUUAAGGUUCAUUUUUCCAAAGAUUUUUUUAGGAAAGGAGGCAUACACACGAACCGUUUUGUAGUGAUGAAAUCGUAUGCGCGAGCUGUGUAAACAAAAUACACCUAGAGCUAGUAGGUUUAUGAAGAGGCUUCCCGAAGCGACAUUUUGUGUGUAAAAAGAGAGGGUGAAGUUGAGUUUCAUGCUCAUGGUUCGUCGCUACUGUGAGAGCUAGUACAUCAGCAUCCUUCUCGUAAUGUCGAACAGAAACAUUAAAUCUGACUUUUUGAUAAAAAGUUUUGACUCCGUCAUCUGACGCAAUUUUUAAUAAUAACAUGUAGGAGAGUACCUCGAGCUAUGCUCGGAAGCAGAACAAGAUGUAGACACACACAACCCAUAAGUAUCGUAUACAUAGAACCAGUAGUAUUUUUGCCUAUUAGAUAGGAGCAUCAGCUGAUUAAGAUUAUCUUCAUCUUAGCCGAAGAGCAACGACGGCCACGGAGCUCCCACCCUGCUCCUGGCUUUCUUCCUCAAUAGUUUCUUUCCUAUUUCAGUAACAUACAAAACGCACAUGACUUCCGACCCGGAAAGGAGAGUUUUUUCCACUGAGAGUUUUUUUCUAUAAUUAAGUAGCAGAAGCAAACUACAAAAAAGAGGAGAAGGAGCUCUGUUACCGCUUGCGGUGGUUGAGGCCGGACAUGUACAGCCUAGCUUAGUGUUGAAUCAAGAUUGUAGGUGCUCCAGCUUCGGGUUUUCGCGCAAAAGUUUUUUUCUGAAAGUGUUUUUUCAAGAAAAAAUCGGUACUAGUACUGCCUGGUGAAAUAGAUGCAAGAAACAUCGGAAUAGAUGGUUCUUGAUGAAGAACGUAGUUACUCUAGUACUAGAUUUGCUUAGUCUUAAAAGAUUCCACGGAGGGUACUGCUGAUAGAAAGAAAAGGCCAAGGUACUUUUCUCCAUCCGCAUCCACCUGAAACUAACACACUGUAGCAAUCGAUAUAGAGCCUAGUUCUUCAGCUUCGUACGGAGCUACCGAAGCGCAUUUUUAAAACCGCAAGUAGUAGAAGGAGAAGAAUCGAAGCCAAUCAUGCUCAACGCAUCGGCCGGAAAAAACAAAAAGGACACCCAAAACUCGUGAGACCGGCACCAAGGUUCCUUUGGCUCCCGGCAGAGACGAGCUGCGUUCGAAGUUAACCAUUCAAAACGCCAGCAAGAUACCUAAGCAGCUGCUAACCGAACAUCAGCUCGCUGGAAUUAUUGGUAGCAACUUUCGAGGAGUUAUCCCCAGUAUCUCUUGCGCCUGAAAACAAGCAGACAGAGAAGAGGGGAUCGACGACACUGGCACUGCUCGCACCAUGUCGACAGUCGGGGUGGAAAAGGGCAUAAGAAAUCUUGCCCUGGAUGAGACAACGGCAAAAGCAACUAGCGGUAGCUCGUCGCAGCCCGCAGGAACGAAGGCGAGCUUUACGUAUCGCAUAGUUUUUUUACCAUUCGACGCUUUUUUUGGCACCAGGUCCUUUUUGUUGAAUUCGGUUCUUGUACAACGUUGCCUUUGCAGUCGUGAUCAACUUUUGUUUACGCAACUAAAAACUCCUUCAAAACCCACUCAAAAAAGGUAUAACGCCGAGAGGGUACUGGGGAGCGGGAGUUUCGGUAUCGUUUACCAGGCACAAGUGGUGGAAACAAACGAAACGGUCGCCAUCAAGAAAGUUUUCCAGGACAAGAGGUGAAGAGAUGGUUUCAAGGCAAAGCUAAAAGCGAUAUGAUAUGACUAAUGAUAAUAAAGAUACAGACCUUGUUUGCACAAAACAGAGAGCUGUCCGCAUCCGGUUUCGGCUCCCUGCGUCCAUGACGAUCAAUCAAUAUCACAACAGGUACAAAAACCGAGAGCUGCAGAUAAUGAAGGAGCUGAAGCACCCAAAUAUAGUAGAGCUGAAACACGCCUUUUACACUUCAGGUAUGCUUUUUUUGAAGUACUAUGGCAGGUUGCAGCAUUUUUUCGUUCAUUGUAUGUCGUGCGAAGAAACGAGAUAUCUAUGACUGAUUUCAAUAUCUUUGGAACAACACAACCACAGGCGACAAACCCGGCGAGACAUACUUGAACGUAGUAAUGGAGUAUUGCUCGGAUACCGUGUACCGAGUAAUGAAGCACUACAAUAAGAUGAAGCAGCCGAUGCCGAUAAUCUUCGUCAAACUGUAUAGAAUACGACGAUGAUGGUUCUGUUUUUGCUGUACCUUUUCUGUUAGUCAUAACAAACCGCAACAUCGCUAUUGUUUUUGCACGAUGUUGUCCGUAGCACAACUAGAAGUGAGCAAUUGCAAAUCGCUCUUCGCGAAAACAACAGGUACACAUACCAGAUGUGCAGGUCGUGCGCCUACAUACACGCAGUCGGUAUCUGCCAUCGAGACAUCAAACCACAGAAUCUCCUCGUGGAUGGAAGAACGCACUGCCUCAAGCUUUGCGAUUUCGGAAGUGCGAAGCGGCUAGUGAAGGGCGAGCCAAACGUUGCGUACAAAAAUUUCUGAACUCCGCAUAAAUUACACAUCAAGAACAACAAAUUUCGUUGGAGUUAUGCUAGCGACAGCUUCAUAGAUUGACAGUUCUGCGAAGGACCUUCCUAAUAAAUAGAGUAGACUGGUGCCUACUUGAGUAUCAGAAUCGAGUAGAAUUUGCAAUCCUUUCACAGCUACAUUUGCUCGCGGUACUACCGUGCGCCAGAGUUGAUUUUCGGUGCUACUGACUACACCACCGCGAUCGACAUAUGGAGCGCCGCGUGCGUGACCGCGGAGAUGAUUCUGGGGCAGCCCCUGUUCCCCGGCGAAUCCGGAGUGGACCAGCUCGUAGAAAUCAUCAAGGUGCUUGGUACCCCCACGCGCGAGCAACUGAUGGCCAUGAACCCCAACUACACCGAGUUCAAGUUCCCCAGCAUCAAACCACACCCAUGGAGCAAGGUACUUACCGAUCCCUUUUUUGGACUUCGUUUUUUCGUCAUGACGGACUGUUUUCAUUCUCGAAGUUAUUUGCAGAUCUAGAAGCUUUUGAUGGUGGCAUGCGCGACCUCCAGGUGUUACUUUUUUCUCCCAUCGACGCUGUUGAUUUUCUAUCACAACGACGUAGGUGUUCCGGCAGCGCACGAGUCCCGACGCUAUCGACUUUGUCUCCAAGCUUCUGCAGUACGACCCCAAGGUCCGGCCCCACGGCUUGGAGGCGAUAUUACACGAAUUCUUCGAGGAAUUGCGCGACCAGAAUACCAAAUUGAGCAGCAGCAAGCCGGUACUUAAAUCUUUUUUUCGUCGUCAUGACGUGCAAAAUCCUGAUCAAGAAGAAGCACCGAUCUCGACCGUGUGUGCAGCGGUCUCGUCAUCAUUUGAAUCUUUUUUGUUUGCAUGCAAUUAGAAUAUAUAUAUAGGCAUAUUUCUACUUGUCCAAAAUCUAAAUCAAUGAUAUGUGAAAAAGAUAGGGCAAAAUUAAAUCAACAGAUGCCGGAGCUGUUUGAUUUCAGCAAAGAGGAAUCCCAGAUCAUGCAGGAAUUGCCACCCGAGGCCACCGCAAAGAUGUUGCCAAAUUGGGUCCGCGAGCGAAACAAAAAGUAA